AUGUCAUCAAAUGUUACUAUUCGUCUUACUUUAGAUUCAAGUGCUGUAUCUCGUCAAAAGCCAAGUAAAGAUGAGGAUUGGGGUCUGAAUGAAUCUGCUCUUGUAUUAACUAUUUUUGAUGUUGGGGCUGUAAAAGCACAACUGGAUACAUUAGACUGUGAAUAUCAAGAUAGAUCUAUUAAAUCUUUUAGUGGCACUUUUCGAUUAAUUGAACUUUAUACUCUUGAUCCUUUGAAUAACACUAUUGUUUUUGCUAAUAAGCCUGCUUUCCCAAGUCUUCUCGAAACACCUCUUAGUGGACCUGGUUCUGUUGAAGAUGCCGCUAAAAAGAUGGGAAAAUGUAAAAAGAUUGGUGUCCUUACUUCAGGUGGUGAUGCACCUGGUAUGAAUGCUUGUGUACGUGCUGUUGUUCGUUAUGGUAUUUCAAAGGGUUGUGAAAUUUUUGCUGUUUAUGAAGGUUAUCAAGGUCUUGUUGAUAAUGGUAUUAAAAAAAUGGAAUGGAAGGAUGUUCGAGGUUAUUUAGCAAUGGGUGGUACUAACAUUGGUACUGCAAGAUGUAUGCCAUUUAAAACCCGUGAAGGACGUCUUCAAGCUGCAGAGAAUUUGAUUAAGAAUGGCAUUGAUGCACUUAUCGUAUGUGGUGGUGAUGGUUCAUUAACAGGUGCAGACCUUUUCCGUUCUGAAUGGACUGGAUUAAAUGAAGAGCUUUUAGAAAAUGGUAGAAUCACUCAAGAGGAAUCAGAAGCAUAUAAGCAUUUAACCAUUGUUGGUCUUGUUGGUUCAAUUGAUAAUGAUAUGUCCUCCACUGAUAUCACCAUUGGUGCUGUUACCUCACUUCAUCGUAUUUGUGAAGCUGUUGAUUCUAUCAGUACAACCGCUUUAUCUCACUCUCGUGCCUUUGUAGUGGAAGUGAUGGGUCGUCAUUGUGGUUGGUUAGCUUUAGCUGCUGGUAUCGCUACAGGAGCAGAUUUUGUUUUCAUCCCUGAAAAGCCUCCAGUUGAAGACAACUGGGCUGAUACAUUAUGUGCUGUCGCUCAUCGUCACCGCCAACUUGGUAAACGUAAGACAGUUGUGAUUGUAGCUGAGGGUGCCCUUGAUAAAAAUUUAAAUCCUAUUAAGGCUGAUGAUAUUAAAGAUAUCCUUUCUGAACGUCUUGGCCUUGAUACUCGUGUUACUACCUUAGGUCAUACUCAACGUGGUGGUUCCCCUGCUGCCUUUGAUCGUAUCUUGGCUACUAUUCAAAGUGUAGAAGCAGUGGAUGCCGUCUUGAAUUCUACUCCUGAAACGCCUUCCCCCAUUAUUGGUAUGAGUAACAAUCAAGUCACAAGUGGUCCCCUUAUGAAGGCCGUUAAAUUGACUCAUGAAGUCGCUGAAGCUAUUGGUAAAAAAGAUUUUGCUCGCGCUAUGGAUCUUCGUGAUCCUGAAUUUGCUGAUCAGUUCGAUGCUUAUACUGCAACAACCAUCUUGGAUGAUGAAUCCAUGUUGCUUCCUCAACACCGUCGUCUUCGUGUUGGUAUCGUUCAUGUCGGUGCUCCCGCAGGUGGCAUGAACGCUGCUACUCGUACCGCUGUUCGUUAUGCUCUGAAUCGUGGUCAUAAACCCUUUGGUAUCUAUAAUGGCUUCCCCGGUUUGGCUCAAGGUUCUGUACAUGAAUUGACUUGGAUUGAUGUGGAUGGUUGGACCCACCGAGGUGGUUCUGAAUUGGGUACAAAUCGUGCUGUCCCUGGUGAAUCCGUUGAUAUGGGUAUGCUUGCUUAUCAACUUCAAAAGUUUAAUAUUCAAUCUCUCCUUAUCGUUGGUGGCUUUGAAGCAUUCUCCUCUGUCAUCAAUUUGGAAAAGGCUCGUGAACAAUAUCCUUCCCUUAACAUCCCUAUUGCUUUAAUCCCCGCUACUGUCUCUAAUAAUGUUCCUGGUACUGAUUUCUCACUUGGUUCUGAUACUGCCUUGAAUGCCAUUGUUGAUUCUUGUGAUGCUAUUGUUCAAUCAGCUCGUUCUUCACGUCGUCGUGUCUUUGUCGUUGAAGUCCAAGGAGGUCGUUCAGGUUAUUUAGCUGUCGAAGCUGGUUUAGCUAGUGGAGCAAGUACUAUCUAUAUUCCUGAGGAAGGCGUUAAUCUCGCUCGUCUCCAAUCCGACUCUCGCCAUUUGAUGGCCAUGUAUAUGGAUGAUGCAUCCGAUAAAUCUGAAGGUAGAAUUAUCUUACGUAAUGAAACUGCCAGUAAGACAUACACAACGGAUGUCAUCUCUGAAAUCUUGAAAGAUGAGGGACAUGCCUUGUUCGAUUCUCGUACAGCUGUCCUUGGUCAUAUUCAACAAGGUGUUAACCCUAGCCCCAUGGAUCGUAUUAGAGCCACACGUCUUGCCAAAUGUUCUAUUGAUUUCUUUGAAGAGCACACCUCUGCUGCACUUGAAAGGGCUUAUGCUAAUAAUGAACCUGUUCCUAUUGAAUUAUCAAAUGCGACCGAGUCUGCUGUUGUUACGGGUCUUUCAGGUGUCAGUGUUACUUAUAAGCCUGUAACUGAAUUGAUCGCUGUUACAGAUAUGAAGAAUCGUAAGCCCUUAGAUGCCUGGUGGAUGGUUCAUCGUCCUCUUGUUGACUUAUUAUCUGGUCGUGGUUUAUUCACUCCUCAAGCUCAAGCUACUUUAUCUCAUGCUAAAAAAUAG